AUGUCCGACAAAACCCAGGCGAAGAGACCCCUGAAAGUAGCCGCUGCGCAACUGGGCCCUAUUCACAUUAAGGAUAGCCGGGACUCAGUGUUGGCUCGCAUGAUAGCACUGCUGAAUCAGGCAUCCGAACAAGCAGUGCAGGUCGUGGCUUUCCCCGAACUUGCUUUCACUACAUUUUUCCCCCGCCACCUCCUCCAGGAUGAGGAGAUUGACUCUUACUUGGAGUUAGACGAUGAAAAACUCGGUGGAAUCCGGCAAUCCUCGAAUGUGAAAGCCCUCUUUGAUCACGCCGAGUCUCUCGGCAUCGACAUAUACGUUGGGUACGCCGAAAAGAGUCCACAGCCAGAUGGAAACUUCAUCCACUAUAACUCAAGCGUCUAUUACUCGGCAGCGGCAAAGAAAGUCGUCGGAAAGUACCGCAAGGUUCAUUUACCCGGUGUGGUUGAACCCUUCAAAGAACCGGGAGCAACACAGCAACUGGAAAAGCGUUAUUUCAAACCGGGAAACCUGGGAUUUCCUGCAUUUCGAGCUCCAGGGCUUAUAGAAAACGCCACAAAAUUCAGCGAUGCAGUUGAGAAGGGUUCCAUGGAUGGAACCGGAGACCCGAUCAUGGGAAUGCUCAUCUGCAACGAUCGGCGCUGGGCCGAAGGCUGGAGGAGUUACGGAUUGCAAGGUGCUGAACUUGUAUUUUGUGGGUAUAAUACCACGGCAUUUGCACCCCAGCUCUGGGGGGCGAGCACAGAAAUCAGCCCCGAAGAGGCCGAGGCAGAUGCUGUCUUUCACCACAAGUUGUCUUGCCAAGGCAACAGCUACAUGAAUGCUUGCUUCAGUGUGAAUAUUGCCAAAGCCGGAUCUGAGGAUGGCCAUCCCUUGAUUGCCGGAACAAUCAUAGUCCAUCCCAAUGGCAGGAUUCUGGCGGAAUCAAAGAGCAAGGAUGACGAGUUAGUGGCGGCGGAAAUAGACCUGGCGGACUGUCGAAGAGGAAAGGAAAAGACCUUUGCCUUCCACAAGCAUCGGAGGCCAGAGCAAUAUGGACUAAUUGUGGAACGUGCCGGAGUUGUAGAGCCUGGCUUAUUAUAA